CUUUAAAUGCCUUUUCAUAUGGUUUUGUAAACACAACACACAAUACAAUGCAUUGACUGAUGAGUGAAUCGUCCACUCGUUUCACAGACCAGUCAUUGAGUUAUGAUUUGAUUGACUCCUCAAUGAGUUAUUGAAUUGUAUUUCAAUAUAGCAUUGAAUAUAUCAUUCAAACCAAUGCUUUACUAAUUCAGUUAUCAUCCACUCAUAAGUGUUCAUAAAAUGAUGUUUUACCACAACUCAAGUAAUCAACUAAACGAUGGUCUGGUCCGUCAUCUGAACGGUUGGUCACAAGUGGUUCCCAUAUCGAUGCCGUGGGCGGCAAACACUGUCACCUCUACCACAACCACCGCCACUCCUAUCAGUAACCCACAUAUGAUGGCCACCGCCGAGGGAGUCAAUUAUCAGCCAAAUGUGAUGCACUUCACGGCCAACACAUCUGAGACACCAAUUAAUCCAUCACUUGUUCCAUAUAAUCUUCAGCCAACUGUGGAUACUUUGCCCCCAAAGGACUGCCCUUUGGAUGUGUUAUGUCCCGAUCCGUGCACUUCACAGACGGCCACCCGUUGGGAGCUCUUGCAUAACAUGACAACCAAUGAGAGCCGUCGUCCAUCGCACCAACACCUCAAGAGACGUAACGAUAGCUCGGAUGAGGAGUACGAUGAAGACGGUCUCCGACGACCUGUUAAGCAGUAUAUCAGCGAAGAGAAAGUGUCGGCUAUUUUU